GGUUACAGUUUUAUCCGUUACCCAACUAGCUGUGUGGGUGUAGCCGCUGGGGCAGGAAGUGAAGAACCAGAGAAAGGAGCUUUCUUUUUCGAUUUCUUUUCUCGCGGGAAUAAUGGCGGAUAGUUGCUUGGGUCCCCCUCUUUACACAGCCAUACAUAAUAAACAGUUGCUUUUCUUUCAUUCCCCAUUUCCUUCCAGAUCUCUCUCAAUGGUUCCUGCUUCUGCUUCUCAUUCCAACCCUAAUCCAUCAACCACUCAACCCUCCUUACUCGUCUUCUCAGGUGGAACAGCAUUUAAUGGUAUUGCUGAAGAGCUUAAAAAGCUAACAACUCGUGUUGCCCAUGUUCUUCCUGUUUCUGAUGAUGGAGGAAGCACGGCCGAGAUUGUUCGUGUUCUUGGUGGUCCUGCAGUUGGUGAUAUAAGAUCUAGAUGUUUAAGACUAUCUGAUCAAAGUACAUCUGAAGCCCUAGCUGUUCGAAGAUUGUUAGGUCAUCGCUUACCUCUUGAUGCAAAAGAAGCCAAACUCGAAUGGUAUGAUAUUGUGGAAGGAGGACAUUCUUUGUGGAAUGGUGUCUCAAAGCCCUAUAGUGAAACCAUUCGAGCUUUCCUCGUUUAUUUUCAGAAUCAGAUUCUUCAUCUACCCCAUGAAUCAUUUUGUUUCAGUAAUGGCAGCAUUGGAAACUUUUUCUUUGCAGGAGCACGCAUAUUUUUUCAGUCAUUAGAUGCUGCAAUAUUUUUAUUUUCGCGCGUUUCAGAUAUUCCUUCGGAGAGCCUGGUUCUUCCAGUGAUUUCUACCAAUGAUAGGCUUACUUUGGGUUGUGAAUUGUGGGAUGGUACUAUCAUACGGGGUCAGAAUGAAAUUUCUCAUCCAUCGAAUGGAUCAAUGAAUGCAGUUAAUAAGGAGAAUUGUGCAGCACCAGCACUUCCUUCGAGAAUAAAGAGGGUAUUUUACAUGUCGAGUGAAGGCAACAACUUGUUGCAUGAGGUAUUCCCCAAAGUUAAUCCAACUGUCCUUGACCAGCUGAAGAGUGUUGAUUGCAUUGUUUAUUCCAUGGGUUCCCUCUUCACAUCCAUCUGCCCUUCUCUGGUAUUACGUGGUGUAGGGGAGAUUAUCUCUUCAAGAUCUUGCCCAAAGGUAUUGUUGUUGAAUGGUUCGUGUGAUAGAGAAACAGGUGGGUUUUAUGGUUCUUGUUUCGUGACAGCAAUUACAGAUGCUUUAAAUCGAACACAUGGAGAUCCUCACAAAUGUCUAAAGAAUCAUGCAAGUGACUAUAUAAACACUAUUUUGGUGCCUAAAAAUGGUCAAAUUCUAGUAGGCAGUGAAUGCUUAAAAGAACAAGGAAUCUCAUCUGUGAUUGAGGUUGAUAGUGUGAUUGAUCCUAAAGUUGGAGUAAUAUUUGACCCGGCUUCACUAAUUGAAGCUCUUGCUAAUUUGAUCUCCUGAGAUGCAA